AUGGCUGCACCCAACAGUUCCUCGUCAUCGACUCAAAGAGAGAGUGAAGGAGUCACACUCGCCGCGCUCCCCAAGUCAUGGCAUUUCACCUCGUCGCUCCCCGCAGACCAGCUCUUCCCAACCCCAGCCGACAGCCACAAGGCGCCGCGCGAGGAUCUCGGCCCGCGCCAGGUGCGCAAUGCCCUGUUCACAUGGGUCCGCCCCGAGACCCAAAAGGAGCCAGAGCUGCUCGCCGUAUCCCCAGCAGCCAUGCGCGACCUGGGGCUGGCGCAGUCCGAAGCAGAGACGGAGGAGUUCAAGGAGACGGUGGUCGGCAACAGGAUUCUGGGCUGGGACUCUGAGACCCUCUCGGGCCCCGGCUACCCCUGGGCGCAAUGCUAUGGAGGGUUCCAGUUCGGCGACUGGGCUGGCCAACUUGGCGACGGGCGAGCCAUCAGUCUCUUUGAGGCGACAAACCCCCACUCGGGCGUACGCUACGAAGUCCAGCUCAAGGGUGCCGGCAUGACCCCCUACAGCCGCUUCGCCGACGGCAAGGCCGUCCUGCGCAGCAGCAUUCGCGAGUUCGUCGUCAGCGAGGCCCUGAACGCUCUCAAAAUUCCCACAACCAGAGCCCUAGCCAUCAGCUUGCUGCCGCACAGCAAAGUCAGGCGGGAACGCAUCGAGCCGGGGGCCAUCGUGGUCCGCUUCGCCGAGAGCUGGCUGCGCUUCGGCACCUUCGACCUCCUCCGCGCGCGCGGCGACCGAGACCUCAUCCGGCGGCUCGCGACCUACGUAGCGGAGGACGUUUUCGGUGGGUGGGAGAACCUCCCCGGGCGGCUCGACGACCCGGACAACCCGUCCGAAACCUCCACCCCGCAGCGCGGCAUUCCCCGGGACACGAUCCAAGGCCCACCCGGAGCCGAAGAAAACCGCUUCGCACGACUCUACCGCGAGAUCGUACGGCGCAACGCGCUCACCGUCGCCAAGUGGCAAGCGUACGGCUUCAUGAACGGGGUGCUCAACACGGACAACACCUCCCUCUUCGGCCUGUCCAUGGACUACGGCCCGUUCGCCUUCAUGGACACCUUCGACCCCCAAUACACGCCCAACCACGACGACUACCUCCUCCGCUACAGCUACCGCAACCAGCCGACCAUCAUCUGGUGGAACCUCGUCCGACUCGGCGAAAGCCUCGGCGAGCUCCUCGGCACGGGCGCCACCGUCGACUCCGAAACCGUCAUCAGCACGGGGCCCACCGAAACCACCGCCCCGCCGCUCAUCGCCCUCGCCGAAAAACUCAUCAACCAAGCCGGCGCCGAAUACAAAGCCGUCUUCCUCGCCGAGUACAAACGCCUCUUCACACUCCGCCUCGGCCUGCAAACCCAGCACCCCACCGAUUUCGACACUCUCUUCAGCCCGCUCCUCGACACGCUCGAGGCCCUCGAGCUCGAUUUCUCCUUAUUUUUCCGACGCCUCUCCAGCCUGCCCGUCUCAGCGCUCGGCACGCCCGCCUCGCGGCUCGAGCACGCCGCGCGCUUCUUUGACCGCGACAGCGGCGGCGGCGCGGAGGCGGGCCGGCAGCGCCUGGCGGAGUGGUUGGGGGUGUGGCGCGAGCGGGUUGUGCAGGAUUGGGGCACGCUGGAGGAUUGGGGGUCGAGUACCCCGGUUGGGUCGGGUGCGGGUGCGGGUGCGGGUGCGGGUGCGGGUGAUGGUGAUGGUGAUGGUGUGGAUGGAAACCGGAGCGGGAGCGGGAGCGGAAGCGGGGCUGUGUCGGACAGGGCUGAUGCCGAGCGGAUGGCGGCGAUGAAGAGUGUGAAUCCCAACUUUGUGCCGCGCGGCUGGAUCUUGGACGAAGUGAUUCGGCGGGUGGAGAAGGGUGGGGAGAGGGAUGUGUUGAAGAGGGUUAUGCAUAUGGCGCUGCAUCCGUUCGAGGAUAGCUGGGCCGGGAGGGAGUUUGAUGGCGUGGUGUAUGAGGGCGACAGGGAAGAGGAGGUGCGGUGGACAGGCGAUGUGCCCAAAGCCGAGAGGGCGAUGCAGUGUAGCUGCAGCUCAUGA